AUGGCAGACGACCAACGUCACGAUAUUGCCGAGCUCUACACAAAGAUGACUUUAGGGCAAAUGAAGCAACAGCUGCCAAAUUUCGAUUGGCAGCUCUUCUUCAAUCAAGUCUUUCGUGAGAUCACCGAUCAGAACGGCACCCAAAUCGUAUUCGAUGAGAAUGCUGAGGUGGUGGUGUAUGGUAUCGAAUUCCUUCGUCGGCUCGACAAAUUGCUUCCUGAAUACGAGAAAAGGUAG